AGCUUGAGCUAGCUUCUUCCUAAACCAAACCACCCCCACCCCUAGCCUCAACAAAAUGCUGGCCUUCAGAUCAAAAUACCUUCUCAUACCGUUCCUCAUAUCACUACUUGUCAUCUCAGUCGUCGUCAUAUACAAACUUCUUAUCCAUUUCUCAUGGCAUUCCAAUACCACCCUCUGCAACCCUUCUUCCUGCGGGAGCAUCCACAAUAUCAGCUUCCCUUUUCGACUAAAUACCGAUCCACAACAUUGUGGCAAUCCCGAUUACGAGUUAAGCUGUGAACAAAACCGAACAGUGUUAACUUUACAUUAUUCCCAGAAAUACUAUGUUCAGUCCAUCAAUUACGGCAACUACACUAUCCGUAUGGUUGAUCCUGAUGUACAAGAAACCAAUAAUAUGUGCCCCUUUCCCCGAUAUGCUGUAAGUCGGUACAGUUUUUUUAGAUACCACGAUGGUUAUCCAUAUAGCAUCGCACGUGCCAAGAGGACAACAUAUUACAACAGGGAAGAAUUGCCUUCAAUUCCUUUACUUACUGUGCCAAUUAUUUUCUUGAGGUGUCCCUUCCCAAUGAAGUCUUUCACUUUUGUAGAAAUGACUAAAGAGUGUUGGAAUGAUAAAAACAGUAGUGGUAGGAAUGCUCCCCCAUUGUACCCUUCUGCAGGAGGCUACGCUUAUGCUAAGGUAGGCCGUCUUAAUGCAUCGGAUUUAAGAAUUUCAUGUGGGGUUGAGCUCAUAACUAUGACUUCCAGCUGGCGAGUUCAAGAAAAUAAUGUGUCCUCUCAGAUUAAUGUUAGUCGUCUAUUGGAAAUCCAUGAUGCUUUGAGGUAUGGGUUUGAGCUAUCUUGGUUCCAGGCUGUUUGUCGUCAGCGUUGCUGGAGUAGAGAAUGUGAACUUGAUGACACAACAAAUGAGAUUACCUGCUGGAGAAACUACGGUUUAUUACAACAAAGAAUAAUACCGUGGGCUCUUCAGAUUGUGGGCAAGCUUGCGUGGCUAAUCACUGUAUUAAAGAUUAUAAUUGGAGUUCCAUGCGCAAUUGUGUUUCUAAUUAUCAAAUUCCGAAGAAGGCAUUUAUCAGAGUUCGAUGCAAUCGAGAAUUUCCUCAGCUCUGAGAAUAAUCUGUUGCCCAUCAGGUACUCUUACAAACACAUCAAGAAUAUGACCAAAGCCUUCAAGGAGAAGCUGGGAGAAGGGGGCUUCGGUUCUGUUUACAAAGGCAAACUUCAAAGUGGCGGCGAUGUUGCAGUGAAGAUAAUAGGCAAGCCCAAGUCUAACGGCCAAGAUUUUAUCAAUGAAGUUGCUUCCAUGGGAAGGAUUCAUCAUGUCAACAUUGUUCGACUUGUUGGAUAUUGUGCACACAAUUCCAAGCGUGCUCUUGUCUACGACUUCAUGUCUAAUGGAUCCCUUGACAAGUACAUUAAUCAAGGAGCAAAUGCAAGUUUGUUGAAUUGGCAAAGGAAGUUUGAAAUUGCAAUGGGAGUAGCUCGUGGGAUUGAUUACUUGCACCGAGGGUGUGACAUCCAAAUUUUACAUUUUGAUAUCAAACCACACAAUAUACUUCUAGAUGAGAAUUUUAUUCCAAAAAUCUCUGACUUUGGUCUCGCAAAACUAUUUCCUACCGAUAAAAGCAUUGUAACACUUACUGCAGCCCGUGGAACAAUUGGGUAUGUGGCUCCGGAACUGAUCAACAGAAGCAUUGGAGCCAUUUCACACAAAGCCGAUGUUUAUAGCUUCGGAAUGUUACUUUUGGAAAUGUUAAGCCUAAAGAAAACCCCAGUUACUGGGCAAGAUGAAUCGAGUCAAUACUUCCCGUCUUGGAUAUACAAGGAUAUCAACAAGCGCAAGGCAAUUGAGAUGGGUGAACUAGAUGAGGAUGAGAAGAGAAUUACAAAGAAGAUGACGAUAGUUGGGCUUUGGUGCAUCCAAACCAGUCCAAUUCCAAGGCCUUCAAUGAGUAGGGUGGUUGAAAUGCUUGAAGGAGAUGUUGAGCUGCUUCAAAUGCCUAUUGAUACUUUCCUUUCGGAGCCAGUUAUGGUAGUGGAUCAAGAACUGACUUCCAUGCCACAUUCAUCGGAAUCCAUAGCAUUUUUGCCCAAUUCUGCUAAUUCCGACAGCAUUAGUAUAAUUCUGGGUUAAAGUAUAAUUUAUAAGUUUGGCGCAGUGUGUAACUAAUUAGAUGCUAUGCGGCAUUAGUGUUGUCUUCAACGUACCAUACCCCACAUGUUAUGUUGAUCAUAUUGUAUGAAAUAAGUAUGUGGCAUUGUAACAUAA